UUUGAUUCGGCUGACAAAGACCUGAUGGCGCUGAAACAGCAGAGCCAAGAACUGAAUGAAACGAAAGACAAAGAUCAAAAUGAGAAACAUCAUGAUUUCAAAACUGAAGAAGAAUCCAUUAGUUGCUCACAGACUGAAAAGACUUCCUCACCAAAAGAUAAAAAAACACAAACUACAAACCUUAAUUCACACUUAAGAAUUCACACUGGAGAGAGCUCUUACACCUGCCAACAGUGUGGAGAAAUUUUCAAUCGAAAAGAAAGCCUUAAAUUCCACAUGAAAAUUCACAUUAAAAAGAAACCGUUAAAAUGCUUUCAGUGUGGAAAGAGUUUUACACAGAAAUGUCACCUUAAUGCCCACAUGAUCAUUCACUCUGGAGAGAGACCUUACACCUGCGAACAGUGUGGGAGAAGUUUCAAACGAAAUAGAGAUCUUAAGACUCACAUGAGAAUUCACACUGGAGAGAAACCCUACAUAUGUAAUCAGUGUGGAAAGAGUUUUACACAAAAUAGUCAACUUAAUGUCCACAUGAGAAGUCACACUGGAGAGAGACCUUACACCUGCAAACUGUGUGGGAAGAGUUUUACACGAAAUGCAGAACGUAAGACUCACAUGAUAAUUCACACUGGAGAGAGACCUUACACCUGCAAACAGUGUGGGAAGAGUUUUACACAAAAUGCAGAACUUAAGACUCACAUGAGAAUUCACACUAGAGAGAGACCUUACACCUGCAAACAGUGUGGGAAGAGAUUGAGAUAUAAAGAAAGCCUUAAUUAUCACAUGAGGAUUCAUUCAAGAGAGAACAGUUUUUAAUGUCGUCAUUGUGGAAAUAGUUUAAAAAAUGCAAAAUUAAGAUUCACAUGAGAGUUCACACUGGAGAGAAGCCUCACAAGUGUUUUCAGUCUGAGAAGAGUUUCAGAAGUCAAAGCAGCAUGACGACAUUUGAAAACUUAUUCUGGGAAGAAAUGUACAUUUUCCUCAGAGUGACAUGGUUUAGAAAAAGGGGCUAUUUCUACAAUCAUCUGUACAUUCAUUCUGGAAGACAUUCAAUUGUGGUCAGAGUAAUAAAACAUUUUCUUCCAUCACACUUGCAGAUGCAUGUAAAAAAAGUCAUGCAAAUGUAAGACUGUUUGUGUUCUUUGUUAAAGAGUAUGACAAGAAAAAAUGCUGUUUGAAAUCAAGGCUUUAAAGCUGAAAGUGGUCAACAUUUGACUCACCUCCAUGAUUACUUUUUUUUUAAACUUCACUUGACUUUAAUUUCACCUCUUUAAUGCUUCACCAUAAGUUUUAUUGUAUUUUAUUUUGUGCAUUUGUACUCCAGUGACCAUACCUGACCGUCUUCUUUGCUGUAGUUUCAAAUAUUGUAUGGUUGCAGUAGAUUCCCUGUAAUUUCAACUAUAGAGGUGUCACUCAAUUUCAUGUAUUGAUUCCUCGGAAUCAAAAUAUUAGUCAAAAUUCGACCUUUCUGGAAAAUGCAACAAUGUAAUUGAAAGAUUAUAA